UGAAUUAAAAAUGUAAGGGGAAUGACAACUCCAAAAUAAAAAUCUCUCUUUUCUUUUUUCUGGUAACAUUUAUUCAGAAACAAACUGCCUUCCUAAGUGGCAAUCUUGUUAUUAGUCGGUCGGUAAAGAAAUUGCAUGAUAACACAAAGUUGCAGAAACAAGGAUUGAAGGAUUAAUUUGCCAAUUUAUUUUGAAACAAUUAGUUGAAUUCCAGUAUUCAAAAAUAAUACUUUCGAAAUGUCUAUUGGCACAAGCGCUCUGCGUACACAGCUUAUGGCGUUGGCAAACUUUUCUGGCACACACAAAGAACAGGCAGAUAAGUACCGGCAGUUGUUGGUAAUGGUACUCAAUAAUACAGGGAAUGAAUUGGUGGACACUCUUAAGCUAUUCGUGGAAGCUAUAGUUAAUGAACACGUGAGCUUGGUGAUUUCAAGGCAAAUUCUUAACGAUGUCAGCAACUCACUGUGUAAAUUAUCCGAUGACAUUUCGCGACAAGUCUCACAUUUUACACUCGAGAAAGUUCAGCCUCGUGUAAUAUCCUUUGAGGAACAAGUGGCUGGUAUUCGUCAACAUUUAGCUGAUAUUUAUGAGCGCAAUCAACUUUGGCGAGAUGCCGCAAAUGUGUUGGUUGGCAUACCAUUGGAGACGGGUCAAAAGCAAUAUCCAGUUGGUUAUAAAUUAAGGACAUAUUUAAAAAUAGCCAGUCUAUACUUGAAAGAUGAUGACUCUGCACAAGCUGAAUUUUAUAUAAAUCGUGCAUCUUUAUUGCAAACAGAAACUACCGAUGAAGAGUUACAGGUGCUCUACAAAAAAUGCUAUGCCCAUGUGUUAGAUUAUCGUCGGAAAUUUAUCGAGGCAGCACAACGUUACAACGAACUAUCUUAUCGCAAAACGAUGAGCGAAAGCGAUCGCAUGGAUGCGUUAAGAAGUGCUCUAAUUUGUACCGUACUAGCAUCUGCCGGUCAGCAACGGUCUCGUAUGCUUGCGACACUCUUUAAAGAUGAACGUUGUCAACAACUACCAGCUUAUGCUAUACUUGAGAAAAUGUAUUUAGAUCGUAUAAUUAGACGUUCAGAGUUGAAGGAAUUUGAGGCGCUUUUGCAACCACAUCAAAAAGCUAUCACUGUUGAUGGUUCAUCUAUACUUGAUCGUGCUGUUUUUGAACAUAACUUGCUUUCUGCUAGUAAAUUAUAUAAUAAUAUUACAUUUGAAGAGCUGGGUGCCCUGUUGGAUAUACCAGCAGCAAAGGCUGAAAAUAUCGCUUCACAAAUGAUCACCGAGGAGCGUAUGAAUGGUCAUAUCGAUCAAAUAUCAGGUCUUGUUCACUUUGAAAGUCGUGAGGUACUGCCACAAUGGGAUCGUCAAAUACAGUCGUUAUGCUAUCAAGUAAAUUCAAUUAUUGAGAAGAUUGCAGCGGCGGAGCCGAACUGGAUGACAAAUACAUUGGAUUCCUUGAACUGAAGUUAAAUUAAUUUUUUUUUAUGCAAAGCGAAACUUAAAGAAAACAAAUUAGUUUUUGGGUUCACGAGUGU